ACACAUGGUGGCAUGUCACUUCUUUGUGCGUGACAUUUGUCGAAAGGAGGCUGGACGUCGGGUAUGUGAGAGAGGGAUUGGGUUUCAGGGUGCAGGGAUGGUGGAAUGAAUCAUUUGGGGAAUUUGCGUGGGUGUUGUUGGGGAGGAGGUCUUUACUUCUCGGAGCGGGCGUUCUGGCCGGAAAGCUGUUCCAGGCAGUUGGUGGCACAGUGGUUGAGCGGCGCGUGGUGAUAAAGCACAAGGAGGCCCGAGACCCGGCUGACUGGGAGAGGAGAUAAAACAUGGGGGUAUACAAUGAACAAGGGGCGGCGCUGGAGGAGCCAGAGUCUCGUCACAUGACGAUGACAAAGAGCAACGGGGGGCCUCCCCCCCGCCGGAGCGGCGGGCCCACCCUCCUCGCCCUCCGCAGGCAGCUCGGCAAACUUCCCCCCAAAGACGACACGAUGUUCAUGGUCGGGGGAUGGACCCCAGACGACCCGUCCUGUCUGGUGGAGCAGUUCUGUCCCGAGUACAAUGAGUGGAGAGCGGCACCUCGCAUGGUCAACAGCCGCGGAAAAGUGGCUGUGGGGACCCUGGAAGGCCAGAUCUACACGGUGGGAGGGGAAGACGCUGUCAGGUGCUACAGCAGUGUGGAGAGAUACACCCCCGACACAGACAGCUGGAGUGCAGAUGUAGCCCCCUUGAGCAGCCCCCGCAGCGGCGUGUGUCUGGUGGCGAUGGACGGCUACCUGUACGCCAUCGGAGGACACGACGGCAUCGCCGCCGUCAACACCGUGGAGAGGUACGACCCACACGUGAACACGUGGAGCAAGCAGGCCGCCAUGCUGAGCCGGCGCUCCGGGGCGGUGGCGGCCGUGCUGGGGGGCCACCUGUACGUGGUCGGGGGGAACGACGGCGAGUUGGCUCUGAACUCCGUGGAGCGAUACAGCCCCGUCGACGGCACCUGGUCGCGAUGCGCCCACAUGCUGAGUCCCCGGGAGAACGCCGGCUGCGCCGUGUACCUGGGCCACAUCUACGUGGCCGGGGGCAGAGACGAGCUCGGCCUGAAGCUCUGCGGCGCCGAGAGGUUUGACCCCGGCGCCAUGAGGUGGACCCCCGUCAAACGCAUGAGGAGCAAGAGGGACGACAUGUCCCUGGUGGUGUUCAACGGGGCCCUGAUGGCGGUUGGAGGCUCUGAUGGAGUCACCAGUCUGAAAACACUGGAAGUGUACUGCCAUGAAACCAACAGCUGGAGACACUUUGGCAGCAUGAGGAGCAAGCACCCGGGCGGCAGGGUGGCUGUGCUGCGCUGAGACGACGCCUCGCCAUACGUGAAGAGGACGGAGGUGAAGGAGGUGACGGAGAGGAGAAGCCCAACCGCACCCCGUGAGGUGGUUUUGAAUAAGGGGUCACUCCAAAGGUUAAAGGAUGGCAGCUGAUGUCACAGGAGCAUCACAUUAAAGAACAUUCGUGGUUACAGUGAAAGUUACGGGUCGUUUUGAUGCCUCUAAAACAGUGCUUUUAGAGAGAUGAAUCAGCAGUGAAUAUAUUACUUUUUAUAUUUAUUUAUUUCCCCUCCCAAACAGAUAUCAGCAUAAUAAUAGCCAGAAUAGCUCUAUUAUAUUAUUAUUAGAGAGGAGACAAAAACAGCGCUGUUUAUGACAGAGUGACCGGUGUUUCACUCUGUGAUUAUAUAUAUAUAUAUAUACAGACAAAUAAUAAUAUAUACACACUGUGUUGUGAUGUUUUAUUGAUAAGAGCAUAACAGGUGUUAGAGCGAUUGAGGGAAACGUGGAUGUAACGUACAGGAUUUGGAGGUGAAAAAAAACACUAUCUUUUGAAUAUUGAGUAUUUUGCUUUCAAUGAUGUAUUGAAGGUGAGAAAUGCAGGUGGCUGUUGGAAGUGGAGAAAGUGCACUGGAUGUUUUCAAAGUAAUAUCUUUAAAUGAUGUAAUGAUGUGAGUAAUGACAUACAAAAUAAAAAAAUGUCAUGUUGUGAUCCUCUG